CGGAGUGUGGUGGCGGCUCCUUCUUUGGAGGCUUCUAAGCAGAGGCUGAAUGGCCAUUUGUGAGGGGUGCUUUGAAUGCGAUUUUCCUGCUUCUUGGCAGGGGUUGGACUUCCAACUCUAGGAUUCUAUGAGAGAGAGAGAAAAGAAGAGGGAGGGAAAGCGGAAAGAAGGAAGGAGGCUCUCCUUGCCUCCUCUCUGCAGGUUGCCCUUCUCCAAGCCACCUGGGGGGAGAGGUGGGUGGCACUGCCCCGGCUGUAAGUCCUUUGGACACAAAAAGAGAGAAAGAGAGAGAAAACAGGAGCGGGGACCAGCUUGGAAAGAAGCCUCCUGGCCAACCUUAGCUGCGGCAGUACCGCGUCUCCUCUGAGCAGAGAAUAGGCUUGGAAGGGGGAGAAGAGGAGGAGGAGGAAGAGGAGGAAGAGGAGGAGGGGGCUGUUGUGGCCGGUGAUGGGAAGUUCCUGACCAUCCAGCAGCAGCAGCAGCAGCACUAGCAGCACCUUCUCCUCCUCCUCCUCCUCUGCCCAGAGACAGACAGGGAGACAGACAGACAGAGCGAGGCACAGAGGAGGAGGAGGAGGAGGAGGAGGAAAGGGGGGAGAAAGAGGCGAGCUGAUGUCUAAGGGAGUCACUCGGAGGAGGCAAGGCAGGCAGGCACCGCUCAACUUCUCCGCCGCUGCCUUCGCUGCUCCGGCUCGGCGCCACGACGCGGGAUCUCUUCGGAGCGGACGGCGCUGCCAGGCUUGGGCACUCCUCCUCCUCCUCCGCCGCCUCCUCCUCCUCUUCCUCCUCUUCUUCCUCGUCAUGGCAAAGCUGCGGUCGGGGAUCUGACUCCGUUGACCGGGAGCCACUUGACCGCCGCCCCCUCCUUCUCCUCCUUCGCCUCCUCCGCGAUGUAUUACUCUUUGCUCUCCGCCUGCACUUGCCUGUGUUUGCGCCUCCUGCUGCUGUGCCUCCAGGUACAGAUGUUUGUCGCUGAAGAAAAUGUGGAUUUUCGGAUACAUGUGGAAAACCAAACGCGAGCGCGGGAUGACGUCAGCAGGAAGCAGCUCAGGCUCUAUCAGCUGUACAGUAGGACAAGUGGGAAACAUAUCCAAGUGAUGGGGAGAAGGAUUAGUGCCAAAGGAGAAGAUGGAGACAAAUAUGCCCAGCUUCUAGUGGAAACAGACACAUUUGGCAGUCAAGUCCGGAUCAAAGGGAAAGAGACAGACUUUUACCUUUGCAUGAACAGGAAAGGCAAGCUAGUAGGGAAGCCGGAUGGCACCAGCAAAGAAUGUGUCUUCAUUGAGAAAGUCCUAGAGAACAACUACACAGCGCUCAUGUCAGCAAAGUACUCAGGCUGGUAUGUCGGUUUCACCAAAAAGGGGAGGCCUCGGAAAGGACCCAAGACACGAGAAAACCAGCAGGAUGUUCAUUUUAUGAAACGAUAUCCAAAGGGUAUAGUGGAUUUACAGAAACCUUUCAAGUAUACCACAGUGACCAAGAGGACUAGGAGAAUACGACCUACCAACCCCAGUUAAAAGACAAAGACAGUGUCAGGAGAAUAAACUACGAAAGAUAGACUGUACCAGAGAAAUAUUUUUACACUAAAAAUAAGGGAGAAGCUCUAUUUUUGUACAUUGUUUUUAAUUUUUUUUUUUUAAAAGACAGUUGAAAAAAACAAACCCACUGGGGAAGCUGUAAAAGAUUUAUUGUAACUUGAAGAAGACGAAGAAAAAUGAAUGGCUCUAUUUAAAUUGACUUUUUUUUUCAUGCUGUGGAUUGACAUACAGGUGCUUACUUCUCUUUUUGGAAUGGACAACCUUUUGGAAUGGACAACUUUUCCAAGCCAAUCCCUAAAGGGGAAAAGUUCAUCUGAAAAGAAUAAUAAUAAUAUUAAUAAAAACCAAAACCACAAACCAAAGAAAACCAAAGUUUGUUUCCCAAAGUCCCUGAAAACCCUUGGAUAAUUCUCUGGUGUUGCAGUGAUCUGUUUUAUUGUCUGAUACAAGUCCGACCGAGACAAGUUGGUCUGCAAAUCUGUCAUUGAGCGUCCGUGGAGAGCUCAAUACCUCAGCCUUUGUAACCUUUCUGACGACAUAAGGUGUCACGCCUCUGUGAUCCUGCAUUAUGAUGCUCACUUCUGGAGAAUGCUGCUAAUGACCUUCAAGUGACUACGUAAAAUAGCCUAAUAACACCAAUGAUAAGGGAAUAUUUUAAAACCAGCUCUAUUAUAUAUAUAAAUAUAUAUUAUAUAUAUAAGCUAUUUAUUUCACCUCUCUGUAUAUUGCAGUUCCAUGAACCAAGUAUUACUGCCUCAACAAUUAAAAAGGAAAUUAUUUAAAAACAUGAACAUGUAUUACUGCUGUUCACAUAUCUCCCCCACUGAAACCUUAAAACUUGCUGCCUGGGGUUGAGUUCAAGGAGAAUUUCGAUAUCUGAAUGGAAAUUCGAAAUGUUGUUAUAUCAGACAUGCCAGGAACUUAAUUAAGAAUUUCAGCUCCUGGAAUGCAUAACGGUUACUUAUCCUCAUCCCCAUCCUAUUUUCAUAAUGUUGACUUCCUGCAAAAUGUUCUGCCUUGUCUAAGUACAGGGGGAGGUUUCAAAAUGCAGCAUGAAAAGGAUUUUGCUUUUGUUUUAGCUCUCGUACACCCAUCUUGUUCUGCCUGGACCAAGCUGCGAUGGGUGCAAUGCGGUGUUAUAUGUCUGGUGGGAAAAGAGAAUAUUGGUGUUGCUCACAUAAUGCUCCCAGUGUAUCACUUCUCAAUGACAGCAGCUGACCUGGGCUCCAAGCUUGGAAAAGUUACUUUUUUGGAAUACAACCCCCCUGCCCCCACCUUCAAUCAGCCUGGCCAGAAGGAUUCUUGGCAUUGUUGUCCAAGAAAGCCUUAAAACAAAAUCAACACAGCACAUUUCCAAGCUCUGUCUACAGUCUGAUUCUGGUUAAUUGAAGCUCCACGAUUCCUCUCUCUAACCUGGAAUCGAUUAGGAAGAACCAGUGGUGCAUCUAAGGACACAUCUACACAGACUACUUAGCUCAGUGUGUGUGUGUGGAUUAGCCGUGUGGGGGCUAAUUAACACACAGGGCUGAUCCACCUUAAUUCAGGGAAAGGCCACCUUAAUGUGGGUUAAGGUAACCAGAUGGAAACCAAGUUAGGGACAGUCAAGACAGCUAAGCUGGUUCCUAACUGGAACAGAUAGGAGUUAUCUUGACUGCCAUCCUGUGUUUUUCAGCUCAGGCAGCCCAGAGAUAUAGAGCAACAAUCCCCCAUUGUCCUGCUCCUAUCUCAUGGCUGUUAAUAGUUGUGAUACCACCACCAACUAUCUUGGGGCCACAAGAAGUUAGGUGGGGAUGCCACAGCCGGUAACAUGGCGGAGGGUCCUGUGGGAUGGCUGCUGAGUGGCAUUAAACUGUGUUUAGCAUGACUGGGCAGUCAGGAUGUCCUGCUGCCUCUAAGGCCCAAUUGGGCCACUUUGCGUUUCUUGAUAUGUUAGCGCAAUCAAACAAAACCAGUCUGCUUGACAGUCAUGAUAGAGUAGAAGGAUUUUGACCAUAUAUAGUUGUGCAUUUGAAAUUCUCUUAAAUCCUGGUACCAUCUUGACAAGAAGACCUAAUUGGAGGUUCCUUCUGCUGUCCCAAUGUUUCAUAUAUUUAAUUUGAAAUUAUCAUGGGAAAAGAAGAGGAGGGGAGCAUUUUUUUUAAAUGCAACAAGUGAACAAAGGACUUUAUCACACGGAAGAAGCUUGCUGGCAUAGAAGCAACACCAUGCAAUAUUUGUUACUGGUUCACCUCUUUGCAAUGAAGACAUCCGCUGCAAUUGAAACCUGUCAAUAGCCCCUAAUCAUGUCAUGGUCCCAGGACUACCUUGUACAGUGUGGUCCGGGUGCUUCUGUGGCAGCAUGCUAGUGACAUCAGGGGACCGGAUUGUCCAUCUCCUACAUUCUCCUUGCUAAAAAAAAAAGAAAUAUUUGACUUUUAAGGGCUAUAUGUUGCAUAAUUAUGAAGUGUCUUUUUAAAAAAAUAAAUAGCACUUCACCACUACACUUUGCCCUGGGAUACAAUGCCAGCCUAUGUGUACUAAUGACGGGCUGGCCUGACAUUACCCGUAAUAACCAGCCACUGUCUGGGUCACAGCCACAAGUCUCUGUCCUUUAGUUCCCAUUUCUAGCUGUACCUCUUGGAAUAACUGCUAUUAAGAACUGAUGACACUGCUGGAGCUUUAUGUAAAUGGUUCUACAAGGAAAUGUGUCUAGGGCUUGCAUGCCAAUUGUUGUCAUUGUUUAUCAGUGGAUGCCAGUUUUUCCAUCUUAACUGGGACACACAUUUAUGUGGAUGUAAGCACCAGUGGAAAGAUAUCAUUUGCCUCUUUAAAAAAACAAAAACAAAACUGUGUUUAGGACUGAAUGGAAAGUCCAGCAUAAGCAUCUCUGUAUAGUCUAUAUGUAAAGCUAUAAAGGGGAGUGCACUGGAACCAGUCCUGUACCAGGGCAUGGGCAAAGGGACCGCCAGUUGGAGCCACAAGGCAGCCUGGGCUCUUGUGCUGACCUUCAGAGGUUUAUGUACUUUGUUAAAAAUGCACUCUUAGUCAAAAGCCUUUGAAAAUAAACUUUAUUUUCCUUAAAUAAGAGAAAAGAAGAA